CUGGCGCUGUACGACCCGAUGACGGCCCCCGGGCAGGGGCAGGGGCAGGCCGCUCCCUCGGGCCACGCCCCGCCCGUGGUUGUCACGACGAUCCACCAGGCAAAGGGCAUGGAGUGGGACCUUGUCUUUGCCUGCCAUCUGGAGGAGGGCUCGCUGCCGCUCCUCCCCCGGCUCGAGCCACACUCGAUGGAGUACGUGCAGCACUUCGAGGAGGAGCGCCGCCUCGCCUACGUCGCCUGCACGCGCGCGCGGCGCAAGCUCGUCGUCACUUUCUGCGAGGGCCCCUCCACCACAAAGGACAAGCCGCCCUCGAAGCGGUCGCGCUUCCUGCCCCGGCAGCUGCCCGGCCUGCGCUGAGGCCCGAAGAGGCAGAGCGCUGCGCCCGUGGGGCAACGACUUGCAUGGGUUGAGCCCCGUCGGCCAUACACGGUCAGCCGUACGGGGAGGUACGGCUUUCGUGGUUUCUCGUCUCGAGAGGGCGCGCUGCCGUGAGGUCAGUCUGUGAGGAGGCUGGAGGGUCGGGGGU